UAAUGGAGGAAAGAGGAUUAAGAUCAAAUGAGAAAGUAACUAAAUAACUAGAUUAUUAAACCAGGAAAAUGAUAUCACCUCAAACUGAUAUAAAUUUGAAGAAAGAAAAUUCAAAUCCUUUAGAUUAAAAUAAUAGCACUUAUUCACUCAAGGGUUAUGAGAAAUAAGCUCCAUAUUCAUCAAAUUAGUUUGAAUAGAAUCGUCAAAUAGGAGAGCAAUAAAAAAUGCCAUCCAACAAUAACCCAUAUCUAAAACAAUCAUUAUAUAAUAACCCUGAACAAGGAAAACCAUUUAUUCGUUCAUAUUAAGAAGCAGACCAAAGAAAGCCUUUAGAUUAAGUCAAUUAUAAAUAAGAUUUACGAUAAGCUAAUGAACGAGAGAUUAUUAGUCCCUAUGUCAAUCUUGAAAAUCAAAAAAGGGAUCCUAUUGGAACUAGAACUCCUCUUGAUCCAAGAACAAAUAUGAAUGCUUACACUCCACAAUCAAGAUAAGAUUUAUAUCGACGAGAUGUUUAAUAAUCAGAUUAUAAACGAGAAUUUCAAUUACCUGAAUAUAAAAGAAUGUGUCCAGGUUAAGAUUCUAGAAUUCCACCUAGACAGAUUAAUUCUUUUGAUAUGCAAUAGAAGCCAGUCGAUCAUCAAGGAGAUAGGGUUAGAUAUGAUUAAGAAAGGAUAAGAACAUUAGGAGGAUAAUAAGAAUAACCUGAAAGAAUGGACAGAAUGUUAAGAGCAUCUGAUUAUGUGAGAAAAUCUGAUAAUUAAGAUUUAUAGGAAUAAGAUAAAAGACCUUUAGAAAGAAGAGAAAUUAUUUAAAGAGGUGGAGUAGAAAUGGGUUUGCAUGAUUAAAGAAAUAAUACUUCAAAAUCCUAAGAAUAUUCUUAAAGAUCAUAAAAUUAACUUAGAAAAUAUUAAGAAGUGUCCAAAACUCCAAUUGAAGGAAGAAUGAUCGAAAGAAGAGGGUUCGAUGAUUAAAUGUAAUUAGAAGGAAGAUUUUAUUAAUAAUAAUAUCCUUAAAAUCCUUAUGUUGAAGGUGGAAAAUAAUAAUAAUUUUAUGAUGUAAAACCUCCCUUAGAUGAACAAAGAAGAAUGGUAAAUCCUUAUGAUGAAAGGAGAAAUGUAAAUCCAUAUGAAACUAGACCCUAAAUCUAGGAUUAGAGGCCACCAUUUGAAAGAAGACCAGAUCGCCCUGAAUUUGAAAGAAGACCUGAUUACCCUGAAUUUGAAAGAAGACCAGAAGGCCCUGAAUUCAUAAGACGACCUGAUCGCCCUGAAUUUGAAAGACGACCUGACGGCCCUGAAUUCUAAAGACGACCUGAUCGCCCUGAAUUUGAAAGAAGACCAGAAGGACCUGAAUUCUAAAGAAGACCCGAUCGCCCUGAUUUUGAAAGAAGACCUGACCACCCUGAUUUUGAAAGAAGACCUGAUCGCCCUGAAUUUGAAGGCAGAUCUCCUUAUUAAGCAAGAUUUGGGGCAGAGGGAAGAUUUGAUGUUGAUUAAAGAUUACCACCUCCAGAUUUUAGAUAUCGUUAAUAAGGAUAUAAUAAUGAAAGAUUUCAAUAAUAAGGAAUCAGGUAAGGAGUAGAAGGAAUAUAGGCUUAAAGAAUGCAAUUUGAAGAAAGACCUGCUUAUGGUCCAGAUGGUUUAUAAGAUGGAAGAUAGGGAAUGAAUUAUAGAAAAUAUUCAGAUGGUAGAUCUAUUUUAGAUGGACGAGGAGAAAAUAGAGAUGUUUUAGAAAGAAGACCUGGAUUAAUGGAAGGAAAAUAAUAUCAAAUUGAUGGUAGAGCAGGAUUUAACAGAACAUAUGGAGAGGAUCGAUAUUAAGGAACAACAAUUUUUGAAGGAAGACCUGGAUUAGAAGGUCGUAGAGAAUAAUUUUGUACAAGACCUCCAAUAUAGGGUCGACCUAUUGAGGAAAGAGGAAACAUUGAAUAAAGGAUUCCUAUAGAGAGUAGAAAUUAGUAUUAAAGAGGAUAUGAUGAUAAAUUUGGUGAUAAGUAUUUUGAAUAAAAGUAUUCAUAAUAAUAAGAGACCAUUGGAAGAAAAGAUUUAGGUAGGCCUGAUAAUGGUAAAAUGAGGGAGGAAUUUGAUAGAAGAAUUACUUAUGGUAGAUCAGAUAUGGAGGAUAAAAUGUCAGAAUUUGGAAAGAGAAAAGAAUUUGAUGGUAGAGUGAGACCAGAAACUAGUUUUGGAAGGCCUGGUGGUAUAGGUUAAUAAUAGCCAGGAGAAAAGUAUUAUAGAAGGGAAUAUAAUGAUUAAGGAUAGAGAUUUAGUUAUCAUGAAGACACUUCAGUAAUUGAUAGAUUGGGAUUAGAGAGAGGAACUAAUAGAAAUAUUAUUGGUAAUCAAGCUGCAGAAAAUAUGGUGAGAGGAGGACAACCAAUGAAUAGACAAUAUGAUAGAGAUAGAAGUUUCAAUAGAUUAGGGAUGGGAGAAAGAGUGGCUAGUUUUACAAAUAGUAAAAUGGGUUAUUAACGUACUGCUGUUUAAGAUAAGGAGGAAUAUUAAGGUUAUAUUAGAUCCAAACUUAUGCCUAAAUCAUUAGGAAAUGGUUCAACAGAAUUUUAGAGGAAGCAAUCUCAAGAUUAAGGAUUCUAAAAAUGUACUUAUAUUAAAUUCAUAAUUUAGUGCAAAGUCCUAAGGGUUAAGUUGAAACUAGAGUUGGAAUAUAUGAUAUUUAGAGAAGAGAUGGAAGGAUUUGAU